AUGGUUGUUGAAGUGGGGGGAUUUGAGGCAUUAACAUUUGACAAACGAGAUGCAAGGAAUCAUAUUGAGAAGGCUAGAAGAUUGAGGCUUGGAGUAGGAGAUGCCGAAUCCGUUGCGUUUUAUUUUCAUAGAAUGCAACAACAAAAUUCGAACUUCUACUCUGAAAUGGACUUUGAUGGAGAAGGACGCUUGCGGAACUUAUUUUGGGCAGAUGCAAGGAGUAGGGCAGCUUAUAAAGCAUUUAGGGAUGUUGUCACAUUUGAUACAACCUAUCUGACAAACAAAUAUGACAUGCCGUUUGCUCCAGCUUGGUUAAGUUGCACGUCAAACACUCCUCUGAAUAAUAUAAUAACUGACCAAGGCAAAGCUAUGCAAAAUGCCAUACAAAUUGUUUUCCCACAGGCUCGACAUCGUUGGUGUUUAUGGCAUAUAAUGAAGAAAAUUCUCGAAAAAUUAAGAGCCUAUUCGCAAUAUGAAUCCAUAAAGCUUGCUUUGCAAAAGACAGUUUAUGAGUCUUUCACAAAAAAUGAAUUUGAUGAAGAAUGGCAAGCAAUGAUUGCAAAGUUCAGUCUACAUGAUAACGAUUGGUUGGGGGUAUUAUAUGAUGAGCGACAUAGGUGGAUUCCUGCCUGUGUGAAAGACAUUUUUUUGGUUGAAAUCAAGGAUAGAGUGAGACAGACUGAGGCGGGUUGUGCAAGUAAUGUGCCACCUUCUACUAAUACUAUUCAACCUUCUAAUACUUCUCCCAAAACUCAAGCCAGUCGCAGUUCUACAAAUGCAAGCAUGACUCGUAAGGUGCUUAGUCCUAUGGUUGCUCGCCGAAGAGGCCGUCCAUGUACCAAACGGAAGGUUAGCAAAGUGGAUGAUAUAGUAAAUCGGUUGAAGGGAAAGAAUAAAAAGGCAUCAAAACUACAGGCUUUGCAGUUGUAUUGCUGUGCUGUUGUGUUCCGUGCUGCUGAUGUGCUGCAGUGUUGUGUUGCUGAGUUGCUGCUGUACUGCUGUGUUGUUUAG